AUGUUCGGUUUCGGAGAGCACCACGAUGAAGUCUACGGAUCCGAGGGCCACAAGUCCUCCUGGUCGCACGAGCUCAUUGCCGGAGCCGCCGCCUUCGAGGCCAUGAAGUCUGUCGAGAACGGUCGCCCCGAGGACAAGCACAAGUUGACCAAGGAGAUCUUUGCCGCUUUGGCUGGCGCUGAGGCCGACAAGUUGUUCGAGUCCAAGGGUUUGGACUUUUUGGACCGCGAGAAGGCCAAGCACCAGGCCAAGCAGAACGCUGAGCGCAUCUACGAUGAGAAGUAUUCUUAG